UGGAAGUGAAGAAGGCCGCCACUUUGGAGCAGGAGAGAGGACUCAGCCUGCGUAUCAAUACUUUGAACAAACGCCUUGCCAAGCAUGUAAGCAAAUUUCAGUCUCUCGAUCGGGAUGGUGCCACGUGGCAAGCAGUCCGAGAAUUUUUGGAUAACAUGGCGUCAUCCAUGGGGUGGCAGAUGCAACAGCCUCUCAAUCCCUGUCUUAGACAAUCGCGAUCGCAACGAUGGCCGUUUUUGGAAAAAGCCUCGAGGCAGAUGGACGUUGCCCGGAAUGCACUGCAGCACGCUCACGUGCUCACUUACUACAAUAGGAAUCAUGAAAGCGAGUACAGCAGACGGUGCUUCAAAUUUCUGCAGAAAGCUUUGGAGAGGACUCUCAUUGACACAGUGGCCAUACUCACACUUGGAAACAUCUCUGUCCCAAGUACCGGUAGCUUGGCAGCUGCGCCCCGUCCCAGUACGAGUGCCAAUAGUAGUACCAGUGCCACUCGUACUACCAUGGGUAGUUCGGCCGAGAGGGCAACAAAGGUCCAGGGAACUUCUCACCAGAUACAAGGUCCUCUUCCACUCGUCUAUUUGGCGUAUGCGCUCCACAAAGAGCGUGAUCAUGUAGAACUGGUCAGAAAAUUGCUAAAGACCUUCUCAAGAGCCAUGCUCCGAAGCACUAGGACCGGUACUAUCCUUGUGCCGGGUGCAGGUAAUCAUGUCAAAGAAGAGGGUGUGUGAUGGAGCCAGCAGCUGGGCUACUAGCGGUGGAUGCUCGUAUCACCACCACUAGCAACUCAGCUAA